AUGGAGGCGGAGGAGAGAGCCAAGCACAGGGGGAUGGAGGCCAGAGCCAAUGGGGCCGGUCCAGAAGUAACCAGUGCAAUGAGGCGGCUCCUGGUGGGACGCCUCGGUGCAGCACCUCUGCCCCUCUGUCCACUCGCAUCACUCUCAUCACAGGCUCUGGGCGUACGCCACUCCUACAACGUUCAUAUUUCUUUACUUGGUUUGACUGUGAGGUUUCUGGCAGUUAGAAGCAGCGAGGCCUCUGCUGCUGCUCCAUUCGCCUGUGUGCAGCUGUCAGGUGGAGGUGAGAGGAGCGGGGCCCGUCCUCUGGGGCCGGGGUUAAUGGUGUCCAGGCUGCAGGAGCUAAAAGCAGCCAGCUCCAGGGCCCUCCGAGGCCCCAGGUGA